AUGAAAGCCGCACAAGACGCAUCCCCUGAGGCUGAGCAUGAGGACGACCUCAAGGCCAACUUGCGCUCACUUCAAGAUGCUCAGGCUGCCACAACCGCAGAGCAUGAGACAACAUUGCGCCAGGCUCUUCGUGAGAACUGGAAGGCUGCGCUCUGUUUGAUGUCAAACUUCUUCGGCUACCCGACCUUUCAGCGCAAAUUCGGCUCAUAUUAUCCUGAACAAGAUACCUGGCAGCUCACCGGAGCAUGGCAAGCCGGUUUACAGAACGGAACGAAUGCUUGUGUCAUCAUUGGCGGCUUCAUAAACGGAUGGGCAUCAGCCAAGUUUGGAUACAAGUUCGUCACCCAGGUUGCCCUCGCUUGCAUGACGGGCUUCAUCUUCAUCUCCUUUUUCGCCGUCCGCAUCGAGAUGCUUCUAGUUGGACAGAUGCUUUGUGGGUUGACUUGGGGCGUUUACGCCACAACAAGCCCUGCGUAUGCUUCAGAAGUAUGUCCGCUGGCAUUGCGAGGUUACCUAACCGUCUACGUCAACUUGUGCUGGGCCAUGGGCCAGUUCUUGUCGAGUGGUGUCCUGAGGGGCAUGCUCCAGUACGACACGGAAUGGUCGUGGCGUGUACCCAUCGCAAUCCAGUGGAUGUGGCCCGUUCCCAUUAUGAUUGCCAUAUUCUUCGCGCCUGAGUCACCAUGGUGGUUGGUCAAGAAAGGCCGUUAUGAGGACGCCGAGAAGUCCUUGCUUGCUCUAUCGAAUCGCAGCCGUGAGCAAGCCCAGGCUACCCUCGCACAGAUGCGGCACACCAUCAUGCUAGAGUCUAGCAUUGAGUCCGACUCAAAUUAUCUGGACUGCUUCCGCGGCACCAACCGUCGCCGAACGGAGAUUUGCAUGGUCGUAUUCGCCGGCCAGCAGCUGUCCGGCGCUGUUUUUGCGUAUACACCGACGUAUUUCUUCCUUCAAGCGGUAUCAGCACGGAAAACGCCUUCACGAUCGCUAUUGGCAGCACAGCAAUGGCCUUCAUCGGGACCGGCAACGACGGCGCCCGGCGCCCAGUGGGCUCAAGUGGCCUUCGUGCUUGUGUGGAAGCUCAUCUACUCAAUGACUGUAGGACCAAUCUGUUAUGCCAUCAUCUCCGAAACAUCGGCCGUCCGGCUCCGACCACAAACUGUAGUCAUUGCGCGCAACACGUACGCCAUGACACAGAUCGUGGCCAACGUGUUGAACCCGUAUAUGCUCAACCCGAUCGAGUGGAACUGGAAGGGCAAGGCCGGUUUCUUCUGGGCCGGCACUUCGGCAUGUGUUGCGAUGUGGUCUUACUUCAGGCUGCCUGAGACGCAGGGCAGGACUUAUGAGGAACUAGACCUACUAUUCCACGAGAGGGUCCCAGCUCGCAAGUUCAAGUUGACACAUGUCGACCCAUAUGCGGAGCGAGUGGCCGAGGCCUAA